AAUUUGUGUUUGGAAUGCAUUUGACGAAAGCUUAGUAUACUCAUUGACUGGGCAUAUUGAAUCUCCUCUUCAAACCAAGUUUUAAGUACUAAACUUAGCUGAAGAUCUUGGCAGGAGAUUGUUAGCUGUAUUCGAUACUCCUACAGAAUAUGGCAUCAGAUGGUUGUGACCCUCCUAUUCCACCUUCAGCAAAAUCAGAAAAGGAGAAGGGCAAGAAGAAAUCUUAUAUGGUCAAGUUGUUAAACCGUUUCAAUAACGUAAAUGCUUCAAGUAGUCAGCCAUCUACACCUACCUCUACCUCCACUGCUAGAUUUGUUCCACCACCAUUACAAGUUCCUGGUUUGACACCUACUCCACCACCAAUUCCACCUUCGUUGGAAGUUCCUCCUUUGACACCUAGUUCACAACAAUUUGCUGCUGAUCAAUGGAGAUCACCCUCCCCCCAUGUUGGUUCUAACCCAACAACUCCCACAAAUAUGCCAUCACCAUCUCCUAUAGGGGAUAACCCUCCACGUUCAAGUUCAGCAGCCAAUGACUUUGAAGAUGUUUCCAACAAUCGUCCAAUCAUUACACCUAUUGGAGGAGGCUUUUAUCCAACAAAAACAGCAUCCAAAGCAAUCACAGCCACCAUCAAGGCACAGUUUGAUGAGCCAUGGGUGACAUGGGGACAAAUACCUCAGACACGAAGAGAUGUUUUCUUUGAGCGUUUUAGGAGAAAGGUUUCAUGGAGGUCUAACCAUGAAGAAAAGGUGAAAAAAAAUUUCCACACAAAAGCAUCUCAUAGAUUAUCUGAGAUGUUUAAAAAAGCUCGAACAGAAGGAAAAAAACCUGAUUGGAUGGGGGAUAUUGUUUGGAAUGGUCUUUUGGAGAAGUGGAACAUGCCACUUUAUAGACAAAAAUGUGAAAUGGCCAAAAAGAACAGGACAUCUGACAAGGGUGGUUGUUUGCACACUGGGGGAUCCAUUAGCGUGCAUGAGCAUGCAAUUCGUCUGUCACAGGAGCUUGGUCGGUCAGUGCAUGUUGAUGAAAUAUUUCAGCAGACACAUAUUCGAGCAUCAACAGGAGAAUUUGUCGAUGAAAGGUCUAGGCGGACACAUGAAGAGUUUGAAGCCAGAUUUUCUCAAAUAAGAUCUGAGACAGCAUCCGUUGGGGCUUCAACAUGUGCUCCCCUAGACCCUGCAGAUGAGGAAAGAUUGAGGAACCAAUGUUGGUUGGAUGUUGUUGGUGGAAGGUACAAGGGACGCGUAUACGGCAUUGGAAAUGUCAGUGCUCAAGAUGACUGUGUCGAUAGUUACAUACAACAGACACAGGCAUCUUCUUCUCAGCAACCGAUUGCAGAGGACAUUCUUAACCUCCACACACGAGUAUCAACCCAUGAUGACCAACUUCGACAGAUGAACUCUCAAUUGCAAGGCUUUAUUGGUGUCAUGAUGCAGUAUCUUCCACCUCCUGCAGCCGCAAUUGCACAACAAUUUCUUCAAUCCCAGAAUCAGCCACAAGCUAAUGUUCAACCACAACAACCACAACAACCAACAGAUCAACCACAGCAACCAACAGAUCAACCACAAGAUGAUACUGUUUAUGGAGAUUACUAGUUAUGUUUUUAGAAGUAGGACAUGUGUAUGACUCACACUUAUUCCCUCAAUGACUUUUUUCAUGUUAUUUGAACUUAUUAUGA